CAGGCUUUUAACCGUGACAGGCAGGUCAGAAAUAGGAUCCCUUCCAGUCCACGUAUCCAUUUAGGAGAGACUAAAACUGCAGCCCAUCACGGUGUGGUAGAGAAGAUCUAUGAGGCUGAAUCAAAACACCUUUCUUCCUAAGGCAAAGGGUUGCAUUCCAGUCAUGCAGUUUGUGGCUGAGAAAAAAGAGGCUUUUGUUGUCACUCGAGAAAUCCAUGCAGGCCGAAAGAAGAUCCCCUUGGGAUGUAUAGGCUGCUUUCUAGAGGAUAAGCACAGCAUGGGUCGCAUUGUUGACCUGAAAUCAAGGCCUGUCAUAACCCUGAUGAGUAGUCACAUCAAACCACUCAGCUGUCAUGAAGCUGGACUCUUACUCACUGUUGAGAGUCCACAAAAAAGGCAUGACCUGCUUUCCAAUGAGCGGCUCUUCACCGCUAUUUGCUGCCUGCAAAUCCAUGAUGUGGUGCGUGUGAGAUACAAUAGAGUGGUGACAGUCGGCAUUGUAAGAAGCUUCUGGGAACAGUACAGGAAGCCUGGCAGUGGAGAGCUGAAGAUGCUCCUUAUUGAGGUGGAGCUGCUGGAUUCAGGGAUUAUUUCCCUCCGUGACCGCUUUUCUAAGAGACUGAAGGUUGAUGCAAGCAAGAUCAUUGCUGUUAGCUCCAAUGUUACAUAUUCCAUUGGAUGCCAAGAGAUCAGCCAAGAGUUUUACAAGAAAGGGGACAAUCACUUGAACCAACACUUGGCAGAAGACAGUGCUGCAGUCCUCUGGGAACAGGAAGUCCUCAAGAAGAUGGAAGGCACUAUGAGGGGCAUCCAAGGGCACAGCAACUCCUGCUACCUAGACACAACUCUUUUCAGUUUAUUCGGUUUCUCCUCUGCCUUGGAUGCCAUCCUGUAUUCUACCGAGGUGGAUGACAAAACAGCACAGCAAAUUCUGAGAGAGCAGAUUGUGCAGCCUUUGAGACGGCAUGGCUAUGUGGAAGCCAACAAAGUAAUGAACUUGAGGAAAUUGCUGAGGUGCGACAGUUUCAUUACAGAAGAAAAAGACCCAGAAGAAUUCCUGAAUGUCCUUCUAGGAGAAGUCUUGGCUGUAGAACCCUUGCUCAAAAUCAGAGCAGACAAUGAAGUCCUCAAGUAUAAUUGCUAUCAGAUCCUUGCAGAGAACAAUUCAACGGUUAAAGUACCUACUGUGCAGCAACUCCUGGAGCAGUCUCUACUCUCCUAUGGUCUUCAUCUGAAUGAGAUUCCUUCAUGCUUCAUCCUACAGAUGCCUAGGUUUGGAAAGACAUAUAAGAAGUUUUCACUGGUGUAUCCUUCUCUGCAGCUUGACCUCACAGACUUGGUAAAGCAAGCUUCUCCUGUGUGUUGUGUGUGUGGUGGGCAGACUUUGUAUGGAUGUUCAUGGUGCCAGCCUGACACCCGCCUGCACCCAGAAUACAUGAAAUUCUUUGGGAACAUUUCUAAGGCACAUUCUCCUUGGACCAGACUGAAGUGUUCCGGUAAAGAACUGAAAUCCAACAGCCCCUCUGCUAAGCAGUCCACAUUGGAUUUGUUUGCAGUUCUCUGCAUUGAGAAGAGCCAUUAUGUAGCUUUUGUAAGAUAUGGCCCUUCUCAAGCAUCCUGGCUUUUCUUUGACAGCAUGGCUGGCACACUGAAGAAUGAGAAGCAAACAAAUAUCCCUGUGGUAAAGGCCUGCCCUCAGAUUGGACACUAUUUGGCUAUGUCACCAGCGGAAUUUGCCACUGUGGAUACUAACCAGAUGGACAAGCUUUCCAGAAGAUUCUUUUGUGAUGCUUACACAUUCAUGUACCAAGAACCAAAUCACAGCUCUUACAAAUAUCAGUUCAGAAACUGA